AUAGAUAAAUAAUCUUACGACAUAAGUAAAGACAAUGCCGAAUGAUAUUUGGCAAUGCAAAAUUACUAAUUUCUUCUGUAAACGGAGAUCGUAACAUAAAGAUGAGUUUUGCUUGAACAGGAUUUAAGAUAUCAGUCUCGAAUUCUACGCCUAGAAAGCAAGUUAAGAAUGGAUUUUCAAUUGUCUCUUACCAAUGAAUCACGCGUAGUUGGUGAUCUUGUAUCAAGCCGGCAAACAAGGUAUGUAAUAUAUUCAUAUCCUGCGUACGAAGUUCCAGAGAAGGUCGAGUUCACAAUGAGAAAUGUUACGCAAGUGUGGCUUUUCUGUUUUGCUAAGCUGCUAUUUUGGCAAUGUAUAUAUCAUAUGACAGUAGCAGAAGACUCAGAUUCAUUAUCAAAUGUCAAACCUGAUUGCCAAGAAAAGUGUGGAAACGUGAGUGUUUUUUAUCCAUUUGGAAUCGACAAUCCAGACUGUGCCUUCAAUGAAUUCUUCCUGUUGACAUGUAAUUACAGUUAUACUCCUGAGCUGAUGAUUGGAAAUAUACCUGUCCUGGAUAUAUCAGUUCAGGAGGGUGUUUUCUCUGUCGACAUUGAAAAUGCAUAUGAGUGUUAUGAUUCUAGAUCGGGCCAGAUAUAUUCUUUCGAUCAAAUCAUCACACUAGGAGAUGGCCCCUUCAGAUUCUCCGAUAUCCGCAACAAGCUCACAGCCACCGGGUGUGAUUCAUUGGCCUUCAUGACUGACGCUGAGGGGGAUUUUGGGAGUGGAUGUGUCUCUUUGUGUAAUGGACCGGUGAACUUCACUAAAGAAAGUUCGUGCGGAGGUUAUGGUUGCUGUCAGACAUCCAUACCGCAAAGUCUUAAGACACUUAAUAUCAGCCUUACGAGCCCAAAUAGUCGCAUGAAUGUUUGGGAUUUCAACCCAUGUGGAUUUGCGUUCUUGGCUGAUCAGAGGAAUUUCAAUGUUUCAAAUUUGAAUCUAACUUAUUCAGAAGAUGAAUUCAUAAGUUCCACAUCUGUAAUUGAAUGGGUCGUGGAAGAAAAAACCUGUGGAGAUGCUAAUAAGUCAGAUUCUUAUGCUUGUCGUCGUAAUACUGAUUGCAUCUACUCCGAGAAUGGCCAAGGAUAUCGUUGCUCAUGCAAGGAAGGAUUUGCAGGAAAUCCAUAUAUUGAAGGAUGCGAAGAUAUCGAUGAAUGCAACGAUCCGCUGAAGUACCCUUGCCAAGGUACUUGCAAGAACACAUUUGGGAACUACACAUGCAGCUGCCCGCUUGGGAUGCGUGGGGAUGGUAAAGUCGGCUGUCGAGGAUUUCGAAUUACUGCACUUGCCACAGUUGUUGGAGCAUUCAUAUUCGCUGCAAUUAUUGGUCUUUUGGUUGUAAUCAUAUGGAAGAAGCACAAAAAGCAGAAAAACUUUCUUGAAAACGGAGGUGUGUUGUUGAAGCACCAAAGAGUAAGGAUCUUCAAGGAGGCAGAGCUUGCAAAAGCUACCAAUUAUUAUACCACCAGUAAUUUUCUUGGCGAGGGAGGAUUUGGAUGUGUUUACAAAGGAGUUUUAGCAGACGGUACUCAAGUUGCAGUGAAGAGGCCUAAGGAUAUAGAGAAGAUGAAAAUGAAUCAAGAGUUUCAGAAAGAAAUUGGCAUUGUUUCACAAGUCAACCAUAUCAAUGUUGUUAAGGUCUUAGGCCUAUGUUUGGAAACCAAUGUCCCAUUGUUGGUUUACGAGUUCGUAUCAAAUGGAAAUCUGUAUCAACAUAUUCAUCAAAAGAGGUCUCAAUUGUUAACAGCUUGGAAAAAUAUUCUGAGGAUCGCUGCAGAAACUGCACUUGCACUUGAUUAUUUGCAUUCUUUAGCGAACCCUCCAAUCAUACAUGGAGAUGUGAAGUCAGCAAACAUACUCCUAGAUGAAAAUUACACUGCCAAGGUAUCCGAUUUUGGAGCUUCAGUGCUAAUUUCCUCAAAUCAAACUGAUAUGGCUACAAAAAUUCAAGGGACUUUUGGCUAUUUAGAUCCAGAGUAUCUUAUGACAGGUAAUUUAACUGAAAAGAGUGAUGUAUACAGUUUUGGGGUUGUUCUUGUAGAACUCCUGACAGGGGAGAAACCAAACUCUAAUCCGAAAUCUGGUGAGAAGAAUAACAUCAUUCAGUAUUUUCUCUCAUCACUUGAAAACGGCGAUCUAAAUCAGAUACCUUGUUUUGAGAUAACUAGUAAAGAAGAAAUGGAAGAGAUCGAAGUUUUUGCAGAGCUUGCAAAACAAUGUCUACGCAGCAGUGGCAUCAAAAGGCCAACCAUGAAUGAAGUUGCUCAUGAACUUGUCAGGUUGAGAAAGCUCCAUGAGAGUUCAUGGUCUCAGCAUAAUAGUAAUGAGACGGAGCACUUAUUACAAGAUGAUUCAUCAUCCUUUUUUGUUGACAUUGGAAAAUUGAAUCUGCAAGAAGUUCUUAGUGUCAAAGCAAAUGACAUCGAGUACCCUACUGAUAGCCGUUGAAUGGGGUUACUAUUUAAUUUCAUGUUCUCUGUACCGUGUAUUUGCUGAUGUGCAAGACUGAUAUUGUAUUAGCUGUUCUCGCAGUGUCUGUAUGACAUACAGUUUGCUGCUUCUUUCAAGUAUUUUCCCCUUCAAAAAUUAAUUAAUAAACUUUG